AAUUAAAUACACUAAAUUAUAACAAAGCUCGUUGUAUAUAAAUCCUAGCAUUUAGGCUCUCUUCUCCCACACCAAACCUUCAUCCUCAUCAUCAGAUUCAUAAUCACUACAAUCAGGUAAUCGAAAGCGACAAUGUCUUGGGACGAUGGUAAGCACGCAAAGGUGAACAAAGUUCAGAUUACGUACGAUGACGUCAUCUACUCAAUCCAGGUCACGUACGCCGGAACCGCUCUUCAAUCUCAGCGUCGUGGCUCCGUUGGGCCCAAAACUGCCGAGUUCACUUUGGGUCCGGACGAGUACAUAACGGCUCUGUCUGCUUACGGCAAAACGCUGAGCACGCAAGACGUGAUAACGUCGUUGACUUUCACAACGAACAAGGGGACUUAUGGUCCCUACGGAAACAAAACUGGUUACCAGAUUUCUGCUCCGGAGGGUACCGGUAAACAGAUCGCCGGUUUCCUUGGUACGAGCGGCAACGUUCUCAACUCCAUCGACGUUCACUACGCUCCCAUUCCCACUGGAACGGGCGGAACCGGAACCGGAACCGGAGGAACUGGUACGGGCGAAACCGGAACCGGAGGAACUGGUACGGGCGAAACCGGAACCGGAGGAACUGGUACAGGCGGAACCGGAACCGGUGGGACUGGAACCGGAGGAACCGGAGGAACUGGUACAGGCGGAACCGGAGGAACUGGAACUGGUGGAACCGGAACCGGUGGAACUGGAACUGGGGGAACCGGAACCGGUGGUACUGGCACGGGAGGAACAGGAACCGGUGGAACUGGAACUGGAGGAACCGGAACCGGCGGAUCAGGGGCUGAAAAGUUGGAUGCACAAGGUGGCACAGGAGGAACCGCAUGGGACGACGGAUCCGAUCACGACGGCGUGACAAAGAUAACCGUAAGAACCGGUGGGGUAGGAGUUCAAUUCGUUCAGUUUGACUAUGUGAAAGUGGGACAACCGAAACAAGGAGCUCUCCGCGGUGUGCAAGGUAGUAGAGGUUCAACGCGAGAGAUUUUGAUUAACCAUCCGGACGAGUAUCUGGUUUCAGUCGAGGGUUGGUAUGAUUCAGCCAAUGUCAUCUUGGGAAUCCAGUUCAAAACUAACCAGAAGACUUCUGACUACCUCGGCUAUGAGUUCGAUGGCAGUGGUAAAAAGUUUACUCUCCAAGUUCAAGGCAAGAAGAUCAUAGGGUUUCACGGUUUCGCCAGCGACCAUCUCAAUUCCAUUGGAGCGUAUUUCGUUCCCGUGUCCUCCACCCCCACCACUCCUACCGUUCCACCGAAGAAGCUUGAAGCUAAGGGUGGUGCGUCUGGAGCUGUGUGGGACGAUGGUGCUCACGACAAUGUUAAAAAGGUCUCUGUUGGACAAGGCCAAGAUGGUAUCGCAGCUGUCAAGUUUGAAUACAGAAAUGGCUCUCAAGUGGUUAUUGGAGCUGAACGUGGGACACCAACAUUGCUUGGAUAUGAAGAGUUUGAGCUUGAAUCAGAUGAAUACAUAACCAUCGUGGAAGGCACCUACGACAAAAUCUUAGGGAGUGAUGGCCUGACAAUGCUCACUUUCAAGACUAACAAGAACAGAACAUAUGGACCGUAUGGUCUCGAAGGUAGCACACACUUUGACCUCAAGGAAGACGGUCACAAGAUUACUGGGUUCCAUGGCCGAGCUGGUGAUAAUAGUAUUACUGCUAUUGGAGUUUACUUGGCCCCAGUAGGCACCAUCCCCUUGACUCCAGCAACACAAACCAAGAAGCUAGAAGCUAAGGGUGGUGAUGGAGGAACAUUAUGGGAUGAUGGUGCUUUCGACGGCGUACGGAAAGUGUCUGUAGGACAAGCCCAAGAUGGUAUAGGAGCAGUUAAGUUUGUGUACAACAAUGGCUCUUCUGAAGUCAUAGGAGAUGAACAUGGAAAAAGUACUCUACUCGGAUUCGAAGAGUUUGAGCUUAACUAUCCAAGUGAGUACAUCACGGAAGUACAUGGCACCUUCGAUAAAAUCUUUGCGAGUAACUCCGCGAUCGUUACCAUGCUUACGUUCAAGACUAAUAAGCCAGCAACAUAUGGUCCCUUUGGGCUAACCGCUGGCACACCGUUCGACCUCAAAGAGGAUGGUCACAAGAUCGUUGGGUUCCAUGGAAGUGCUGGUGAUCUGCUUCACAAAUUUGGAGUCCAUGUCCUUCCCAUCAACUGAUACUGGAGAUCUUGAAUUUAUCACACUUUUGUGGUCUUUGCACGUUGAACUUUGAAUAAGCUGAUUCUGCUGUUUCUUUUUGUUUCAUCUCUUCAGUGGUGAAGUGUUUUCUUUGUGUUAUUGUUCUGUCUGUUGAUGGAUUUGUGAUCCAUUUUAAUAAAAGAAGCUUGUUCCAA